CCAAGAAUGCCUGAGUGCAUCCGACGCACGGAGGCGAAGACCUCACCACAAACGUUCACGUGUGUACAUUAAUAUCACUUGUUUAUUCAAUGCGCUCCAAUGUUUGUUCGUGUAUUGUAUAUGCCUGUAAAAUUUAAUACCUGAGAUAUUCCCGGUGUAAAAAGCGUUAUCUCGUUCGAUUAUCGUUCGCCGUUCUUCGUGUCAUUAAACCACACGAGGUAUUGACCUACAGAAAUUCGUUAAUACAUGUUGAAUUUUAUCUGAAUUUAACUUCCCAUAUCGACUUUUCGUUAACGAUAAGUGUCUGAUGUGAGUUAACGCAUUUUCUAUUUGUAGAAAUCUAUUCAACUAUUUCAUUAAUACAUGUAACUCCGAAAGUGGCGAAUGGUCAUAUUCAUAAACCAAUAUUUGCGCGAGUUUUAUUUUCGAAAUUAACUUUGUGAUUAUUCUGGAAUACACUGGAUAAACGGGUAACGGGUAGAACUAUUGUUUACAUUGCAAAGCAUAUGCGAAAACACCCAUGUUUUCACGCAUAUCUGAGAGUUUUCACGGUCUAGUAGAUCACACGCUACAUCGGUUUUCAGUUUAAAUUGAAUCGUGUAUGUGGCUAUUGUGUCGUUUUCUUCUUCUACAAGGUCGUCUGCCGACAGCGCAUCCUUGAUUUUUCGUGUUCGAAGGUUUAUACAUGAACACAGCGGGAAUGACGGAUACACUUGUAAAAUAGUACGUCUGCUCCUGUGAGCUUUCACUUACAACUAUGAGUGGACCAGAGGAUACUGAAUUAUCUAAGCGUCUUUCGGCAGCUCUUGAAAAUGUUGGGGUCACAUGGAACACCGUGACGGCAAGGCGGGAAUCAUUUCUGAUGAGAGAAAAGAGCGACGAAAUACUUAAUCGGCUCGCAGGAGCAAAGGACAUGUGUUUUAUCUUUGGUAGCCAGUCUGAGGGAACGACAACACCAGGUCUUCAGUCUGACACUGACAUAUUUCACUGCUGCAGACAUACACACGUCAUCAGAAGUUGGGAUUCAUGGGAGCAUGGAAAGGUCACCCUGCUGAUGCUGAAAGACGACACACUACCUCCACAACAGUAUAUGCUCCAAAUCACUAAACCGGGUAAACCAGAAUUGGAAACCAUAUUAUAUGAUGGCAGUUGGAUUUUUUACAAUGGAAAAUUCAUUCGACAAAAACCCAAUGAUGACCGAUGGGUUCGAUAUAAUGGAAAACUAUUUCUUUCAUCUGAUUCACUUCUGCGAGACAUAGAGAAAGACACUUUACAAGACAAUGCAGCAGUAUUUAAAGCCGGUCCUUCAGUCAGCUUUGAUAAAAACCUAGAUGUUGUUAAAGCGAUGGCUGUAUACGAUACCUUGCCUGAAAUACAGAAAUGGAUAGGCAGAUCUAGACCUGGCCAUUGGCCAACACCAGAACUAUUGGAGAUGGUUCGUGAUUUGCCCUGCUUUCUAGUACCAUCUGGACACCCUUUAAGCAAAACAAGAAGUAUAGAAUGGCGAUUUUCACCAAAUCUGAUUGAAAGACAUCUGAUGUUUAGUUUCAACAUAACGCAAAUAAAAUGUUUUGUUGUAUUGAAAAUGAUCAAGAAGACAAUACUGUAUGAUGUAGUGCCUGACGGGAUCACCACUUUCCAUUGUAAAACAACAAUGAUGUAUGCCAUCGAGAGAACUCCCAAAAACCUGUGGACGGACGACAAUUUAAUUUACCUUAUACGUGUAUGCCUACAAACAUUGAAAAGAUGGCUCCGUGUACGAUUCUGCCCGCAUUAUAUUGUUAAAGGUUCCAACUUAUUUGAUGGGAAACUUACGGUAAACCAAUGUCUGCGGCUGUGCGAUUGUCUAAACACUUUGGGGGGAAAUGUCCAAAAAGAAUUGCUACACAUGAAGCUUGACAAUAUUGGAGAAAUGAUGUCUGCAAGGGAUAUUGAUCAUGGCAAACGCUUUAAUCAACAACUUAAUAUGGCGAUUCAGAGAAAGCUGGAUCAAAACAGACUGCUUCCUUGCAAUUUUAACGUGCACGAAGCCGUUCGCCGUUUGCUGGCAGGCGCAUGUAAUGUUCGACCACUGAUAACGGCACAAAAAGUUGCGUUGGACUUUUUAAAACAUAAAGAUAAUCUGGUAAGUGAGGUAGCAAAACACUGGGUACGCGUGUUAUUUUUGUAUAUGGCAUCUAUUAUAGCUUCGUCUUGUUUGGAACCUAACGUGCAGCUUCCUCAAAUAAUACUUGAAGGCUACACACCGUCACUAAGAUCAGACGCUGCAUCCAGCCGACUUAAACUUGCCUCCAUGUUGCUUAGUGCUGGAUACCUUCCCGCCGCGGCGUAUGUUCUUCAGGAUAUAGAACGUCGAUGUUAUCCAUUCGUAAGAAACAUUUGUUGUUGUGGCAAUGUGCUAGACAGGGACGAUUCUCUGGAAGAAUUUGCAAAAGAACUAUCGACUGGCUCAGACUAUAGAUUACGAGAAGACAACAUUGCCUAUUGCGUCAGAUUCACUAGACGGGAGGUGAACUGUGUACCUCCUAUAUUACUGUUCGAAAUGCACAGAGCGGUGUCUAAAGAUGAAAUCAAAAUGAGAAGUAAACAGCACAUGGAUUCAAUGGACGAUGCGUCUGUGGAUGCCUGCGUGUUUCUCCACUACCUUCAAUACUUAACCUACGGGGGACUUAGUGACUCGGAACAGGCACUACGUGCUUUUAAUGCAUUAAAGGAAUAUUUGCAUAACAACGAGGAUUUCCUGUAUCACGCGGCCACUGCUGCGACGUUGUGGGCACACAUCAUGGAGAUGCAGAGCCAACAUUUCAUGAAGUGUGCGUUUAAGCAGUAUUCAGCGUCUGUUGCCUCCACGCCGCACAAUAACGCGGCUAACUGGCAUGUCAGACGGCUGUUGAAAGGGAAAAUCCCCUAAAUUAACGACUUUUUACAAAUAUGUCAGGUAUAAACAGAAAUAUUGUGUAUGUAAUGUGCGAUGAUUUGCAGCUGAUUAAUGACGGAAACAUACUUUUAAUUUAACUGUAUAGCAAAAAAUUUUCACACACAACAACACCGGAGGUAAAAUUUAGUAUGUUAUAAUCCGUUAGGCUUUUAUUUACGGCAAAUGACUAAGUGAUGCAUUCAAACUGCAGGAAGAGAGAUACUCUUACACAACGUGACGUAUAUAACAAUUUAAGUUGUGGACUCAGCCUUGGGAAACGAACAUCAGAAAAUGUUAUUAAAAUGUUUUUCUCACAUGCUGGAUAUCGACAUGUUUCCUGUGUGUCGUCAGUUUUUGAAUACUAACACUAUGUUUUCAUAAUCACAAAUCUGGAUAUGUAAAUGAGAUAUGUGUGCUAACAAUCAAUGAGUAUAUGCAUGUGAGUGUGAUUUAAUAAUUCACUAAAUGCAAUACAAAUGUAUAAAUACGUGACUUAUACAGUUAAUAUCUAGACCCGUAUUCACCAACCGAUUAUUAUCCCCCGCAAGAGGCGGAGGGAUAUAGAACUGGCGUUAUCCGUCCGUCCGUCUGUCACAAAACUGUGUAUGGCUAUAGCUCAUAAACUGUAUAAGCAAGAUGGAGAAGUGCAAUGCACAUGAACCAUAACCCUACACUUUCUUUUAUAAGAGUUAUUGCCCUUUAUUUUGUGUAUGAUAUAAUUUUUCAGGGCAUUAUCUCAGAUACCAUACAAGACUUCAACAUGAAACUUCAUGGGUGUAUUGGUAUCACUGAGAAGGAGUGCCAUGCAUUAGGACCAUAACCCUACACUUUCUUAAAUUAAAGUAAUUAAACUUUGGGUUAUUUGUAUUGUGUUACUUUUCAGGGCUAUAUCUAAGAUAUGCUACAAGACUUCAAUAUGAAACCGCAUGGGUGUAUAGAUAGCCACGAGGAGAAUUUUAAUUAAUUAAAACAAUUACCAUACACGUAAAUAUUAUUUUAGUUUAUACCAUAAGUCAAGGAAUUUGCACCCAAUUCUUAGACAAACUUUAUAUGGCGUUGGAUAUCAAUUGAACGAAUUUGCUUGUUACACUUGAGUCUAAAAAUACAGAAUAUUCUUAAAACUGUAAUGUUCUAUAACUACUUGAAUGUUUAGUCGUGCAUGGCAGUUAACGUUACAUUAUUAUUCAUUUAGAACCAUACUAAAAUGACAUAAGCACCAUUUAUAUCAAGUAAAUACUCAAACUCUGGAGUAAUAUCAUUGUGUCUAAGUCAGUUCUUUAUAUUUAAGUAUAAGAAUCGGUUGGUGAAUACGAGCCCUGCUUUUUACCUCCUGAAACAUAUACUAGUAUUUAACAAAGCAAUAUAAUGUUUAUACAAAUUAAUAGAAAACGUUUUCCAUAAAUAAAAAAUCGACUUUUUGGCAAACUUAUAAAAAAAACUUUGUUGACGCUUGUCAAUUUUAUGAACACAACUAUGUAUUAUAAAAUAGACAGGUUAAAUUUAAAACAAGUGUCAAGGCUAUAUGUAAAGCACAUUUUAACGUGCAAAACUUAUGGUAUUACCACUUAAUGAUAUCGACUAAAAUUACUUUACAUGUUUUAAACAAGACAUUGUGCCUUUUAGACUUGCAUAUUAUACAUUAACAAUAGUUUUAUUAAAGUUACAUGCAGCGGAAAAAGCAGUCGACCUGUUAGAGUGUAUACUUAAUAUGUAUUGUCACCAAAAAUGAAAUGAUCCCAUGAAAAUAUUUUUACAUCAACAUACGUUUCUAAUUUGAAAUAAAAGAAAAAUGCAUCUGACGAAGGCAAUCGGACGGACCCAUGAAACCACUAUGAAAACUUGGGUGGAUGCCCAGUUUGAACUUCGAAAUCAUGCUAGAAAUCAAGU